AUGGUUUGUAGAGCCUCGGGGGCGGAGUCGUACGGCAUCAUUCCGGGCUCUCCGUCGCCGACGGGCGCGUCGACGUCGGGACCGCGAGCCGGCGGCAACGUCCUGGCCACCCUGUUGGCGAGCUCGACGACGCCGACGUCGGAGAGCGCCACGGCACGCGGCGCGCCGUCGUCGUGUCCUCCAGGGGGCCAUCGAAGCGGCGCCGCCCUGGCGAGUCCCUACCGGGCCUACACCUCGGCGAGCUCAGCGACCUCCAGAGCGAACCCCUCACCGGACUCGCUGAACGGGAUCCUCUCCUCCCUCAACGUGCGCGUAAAGACGGAGGAGCCCCGCGUAGGCGAGGACAGAUGCACGGUCUCUUCCGUCAACUUUAAUGCCUCCCUGUUGAGCUCGCUGCUCUCGACGUCCAGGAUCUCCUCGACGCCGCACUCGUCCUCGUCGUCGUCGCGGAGUGACGAGGAGACGGCGCGGCAGGUGAAGUCGGAGUACCCGGAGAGGCGGGAGCCGGGGAGGAUCAAGGUAGAGUACCCACUGGACCCGGUGCGCUCGCCUUGCGAUAUCUUGGACGCCUCCGAGGAGGACCUCGUGGCCACGUCGCCGUACAACGUGGUGUCAGCGGCUGCUGGGGGCGGGCGGGGCCUCGGCAAAGGCACCUGCCGCCUGCAGGCCGGGGGUAAGGACUCGCCAGGUGCGGAACUCGUCGUCGAGAUGAAGUACUCCGGCCAGCCGGGUGCGCCCUCCGGACCCCAGCACCUGGGGCCCGCCGGCGUGGAGCCGCCGCACAGCAGCCAGGGCGCCGGCGCGGUCGUGGGCGGCCCCACGGCCGAGGUCGUCGGCGUCGACAGCCUCCUGCUCUCUUCCUGGGGCGCCACCGGCUCCGACUUCAUGGAGACCUCCGACGCCAAGCAGACCGCCGCCGGUCUUCAGGACGCCUGGGACACCAUCCUGCUCGGCUCUUCCGUCGGCGUCGCGACGGCCCAGUCGCUGGCUGAGCUGAAGCCACUGCCACCGUUCACCGGGUACACGGGCCACCUUAGCAUCAACGGCAUCCCCGGGCACCACUACCACACGAUAGCCCACCGGCCGAGUCUGCAGUCCAGCUCCCCGACGCCCUCGUCCAACCAGGAGUUCUACGAGGCGCCCGUCGUCUCAUCCAGCACCCCUUGCCCGGCCCAGGGCAGCGCCCAGAAGCAGCAGAUGCCGCAGUCGACUCAGCAGGUCGACUACGACAUCGAGGACAUCGCCGAGAUCAUCGGCUCUGCCAUCGCCGACACGACGGUCCCGGGUGGCGGCAACGGUCCAGGUUCCGAGAACGACCCCGACGCCUCGCGCGACUGGAUCGACAUCGCCGAGUGGAUCGACACCGCCUGCUCCCCCAAGACCCAGGAGACUUCGUCCCCGGGUCCCUACUCGCAGAUCUACGCUGCCGCCACCAACCCCUCCGCCCAGCAGCAGCAGCAGCAGCAACAACAACAACAGCAGCAGCACAGCUCCACGCUGCAGAGCCUGCUGACGCAGACCUACGCGCCCCUGCUGCAGGCCAGACUGCAGGCCGGGAAUGCCCUGCAGAACGCCUCCUGCGGGGAGACGCCCUCCUCCACGAGUCCCUAUCCUCCCGUCAGCCCGCCCGGCAGGGUCUCCACAUCCUGCAGCCCCGACCACCUCUUGCAUUCCUCCUUUGCCGCCCCGUCGCACCCUAGGAAGCGGUCGAGACCGGCUCCGGGGUCGCAGAACCCCUCGAAGAAGAGCCCCGGCGCUGCCGCAGGACUCCCCUACGGUACCGAGCCCGCUCUAAUCAGCGGCAAGGAGAAGCCCGUCCACCGGUGCUCCAUCUGCAACCGCGGAUUCCUCAACAAGAGCAACAUCAAGGUCCACCUCCGCACCCACACCGGCGAAAAGCCCUUCAGGUGCGAGGUCUGUGGAAAGGCCUUCCGGCAGAAGGCGCACCUCAUCAAGCACCAGCAGAUACACAAGAGGAUCGGCCGGGACUAG